AAGAUGCUUUGCGCCAAUGCACACUUCCUAGUUACUUCGUCGCUUGGCUUCCUUUGCCAGUCAGCUGAGCUGUCUACAACAACAAUAACUGCCAGGAAGAUAUUUGUACUGCCGAGGUUGUAUGUUGCCGAAUUGAAGAGGUGAUUUACUGGGUUGGAAAGAUUUUCAUCUUGAUGUUAUGUGUUUCUGUCGAAGUCAUAUUGGAGUCCAAACUGCUGCAGUUUGUUAUUGCGUUUGACUUAGGGGAAUACUUGCAGGUCAACAGGAUAAGUCACAGAGGAAAGAGACGUGAACACAACGUUGUACGUCUCAGAUGAAAAGGAGAGACUGCUGACCCAGAAUGGAGGAUUUCAGGCGCACGUACCUGCGUCUGUGUAAGGAGGGAGGUGUGGAGCCUCAGGAGAGUGUUGUGGCUCAGCUCCAGGAGAACAGGGCUGCUCAGGGCUCCAGACUGGACCUGAGUGGACAGAGCCUCUCUGCAGAUACCUGCUCUGUGCUGGCCAGGGCCUUCCAGAAAGAUACUGUGUUUACAGAGGUGUCACUUAGUGACUGCAUGCUCAGCGAGGAAGGGGCCAACAUGCUGCUCACUGGACUGUUUGGCAACACAACUGUAAAAGUCUUGGAUCUGAAGGGGAAUAACCUGAGAUUUAAAGGGGCUGAGGUGUUGGGAAAGCUGUUGGCACGUAACAAGACUCUGCACAGGCUGGUGUUGGAGUGGAAUGCUUUGGGGGUGUGGGACGAAGCCUUCUCACUCUUUUGUGAGGGUCUGGCCUCAAAUAGUGUGCUGACACAGCUGGACCUGCGCAACAAUCAGAUCAACCACCAUGGAGCGGCCGAGCUCGCACUGGCACUCAAACGCAACAACACGGUGGAAGUGCUAGAUCUGAGGUGGAACAACAUUGGUCUGCUGGGUGGCAGGUCUCUGCUGGAGGCUCUGCAGAACAACAAGAGCAUAGUGCAGCUGGAGAUGGCAGGAAACAACAUACCUAGUGACACACUCAGAGCACUCGAGCAGACCAUAGGGCACAACUCAGACAGACAGUCCACCCUGAGAGAGAGCCGCAGCAGGACCCAGGUCCUCAGCAAGGAGAUUCAUACGCUAAAGGAGGAGAAAGGCCGACAGUUCCUAAGCCUGAUGGAAACUAUAGACAGGCAGAGGGAGGAGAUGGGACGCUCUAGCAGGUCCACCUCCAUUCAGAUUGGCCAGCUCCAGGAAGCUCUGAAUGAGAGGAAGUCAGCUCUCAACUCUCUCACUGCCAAAUUGCAGAUGACAGAGGCAGCCCUCGCCCUCUCUGAGCAGAAAAACCACAACAUGGGAGAGCUGCUGACACGGGUAAAGGCUGAGAAGGAAGAACAGAGGGAACGACAGAGCAGAGAGAGGAAGAAAGAGCAAGAGGAUACUGCACUCAGAGAGGCAAAACUCUUCAGAGAGAUCCAAAACCUGACAGAAACCAACGUCCAACUGAGGAAUAAAGUGGAGGAGGUGGAGUGCAGAUGUAAGUCUCAGCAGCAGCAAAUCUUUGAGCUGAAGCAGGAGCUGACCAACAGCACAGCAGAGCUAAAGCUGCGACUAGCACAGGCCGAAGACCGUCUGGAAGCCGAGAAGCGAAGGUCCAAGCAGGCUCUGGAAGACAUGGAUAGUCUCCGCCAGAAGGAGGUGGAGAAUGUAAAUCGACAUCUGGAAGAGAGUGAGAGGGCUCUGCAGGAACGCAUCUUCAAACUGGAGGGACAGCGGAUACAACUGGAAGAGGAACUGAGUAAAGCUAAAGCAGCAUGUGUGACAGAGAGGGCCCAGGCAGAGGAGGAACUGGGACGAAUGCGAGCUCAAGUGCGUCAGGAGGAGCAGGAGCACGUGUCAUCUUUGGAGGAGAAGCUUCGCUCGGUGCGUUCCUCCCUGCAGGAGGUCCAGCUCCACUGCUCGCAGCAGAAACAGACCAUCUCUGAGCUGCAGGUGAAGAACAGCCAGCUGAGUAUCGAGAUGGACGGACUGCGUCGCAGGAUAGAGGAGCUCCAGCAGGAGCUGUCGGGUAAAGACCAGGAGAAGGUGGCCGAGGUGAGCCGGGUGAGGGUGGAGCUGCAGGAGCAGAUUGGACAUUUACAGGCAGAGAGGACGGCACAGGGAGGACUGAAAGAGAAGAUCAGUGCUCUGGAGAGAGAGAUCAAAGUACUAAGCAGUAACCACAGAGAGGCACUGCUUGACAAAGAGAGCGAGAUGUCUUCCCUGCUGGAGAAGCUUCGGAUGAAAGAGGCGGAGAUCCAGAGGAUGAGGGAGGAUGAGGCCCACAGAGCCAGCUACCUGCAGAGCGCCAUCCUCACCUAUGUUCAGGGCUCCCCUCUGGGACACUACAGCAGCCCCAAGAAAUGACCAAGAGACCCUAAUCCCUGAGCUGGAAACCUCUGAGACCUCACUGCACAGGUCAGGACAGUCUGGAGGAUUAAAAGAAAUCAUGACUUGAUAGAUAGAAAAGACUGUAAAAUAAGGAGUGCAACAGUAACAGGGUUUAAAAAGUCUGGACCUUUUUAAAAGAUAAAACAGUAGGAACCUUGUUCUUACUCCCAGUUACAUCAAAAGGACAAAAACUCACUUCUAUAGUCACAUACACUUAGUUUAAAGUACUCAUCUUAAAAGGUUGACUAAUGGAGACAACAGUUUUGAGUGAGGUCCAGUAUUGAGUGAGAGUGCUGCAGUUGCAAAACAACACAGUGGUGUGUUCAGAAGGGGGUCAAUGGCCAUCCCUGAAAUUUGCUAGAAGCCUCUUCCACAUAAAUGACGCUCCAAAGUUAGGCUAGAUUGUGGCGAUGGAAAAGCAAAAUAUCUGAAAUAAAAUGUGUUCUAUGGGUACUUCUGAGUCUCGCCUUUGCAGACACUUUAUGCUAAUCUCAUGCAGUUUUUUUUACUCCUAGUGUAUUUGAAUAUUUCUGCAGAAUGAUGUCCAUAAACAGUAUUGGAAUUGCUUAAAUUGGGAAUGACUGGAAAGCUGAGGCACAUACUUCCUGCCAACCCUGUAUAAGUCUGUGCCCCGCUUGUGCCACCCCAGUCAAAAAAGUCUGGAGAUGCCCCUGAAAAAAACAUAAUCCUUGUAGGCAAUUGCACUUCUUGUUUUUGUCAAUGACUGCCUAAGAUUGUGUUUAUAAGUGUCUUACAACAUUAUGGAAAGAGAUGGACAGAAAGAUUUAACGUUUUCAGUAACUUCCACUUGAUCCGGUCUGGGAAGUCUCCUCUGUGGGCUUAGGGUCACAGCACCCACAGCACCACCAGAAGUCUUGUGAGCUUCGCAGCCUUGCAGCAACCGGUUCACCUCUGCCUGUUGCCCCUGUCUCUUCUCAUCCACUCUUCAGUUUGGUCAUUCAAUUCAAAGGACAGAAAAUAUUUUUACACUGAGCUACGCUUUCUUUACUCCAACACAACUAACGCUUUCCUGGUGACUACGCUCACGUUUCCCCUGUUGUCUUCCUGCAACAAGUCACCUCACCUCUCCCGAGAUUUCAGAACAAGACUUCUCCUUGAGCAAGACUUGGUUAGACACAGUGAAUCAAGAGGGGAACAGAAAACAUGUCAUUUCUCUGAAGGACCUCUUUUCAGACACUUGCAACAACAAUCUUAGCCAGUCAGUAGCAAAAACACUUUUAAUGGAUGUAUUUUGACAGUGCAAAAUUGGAGGAUUAUGUUCUGCUCUCCCUGAAUACAGGACUAAAUUCAGAACUUGUCCCCAUUAGUCACUUUGACACAAAAUAAGGUCUAGGUGGAAAAAUACCAAAGUUACCAUGGUGUAUUUCAUGGUCCACUGAGUAUAUGUAUAGUACAUCACAUGAAAGAUAUAUUUAGAUACAUUUUUAGAUACAUUUUGCAUUUUAAUGUCGAGUGGAUGAACAGCCCUAUUACCUGUCGUCUGUCAGCACCCUCACUACUUCAUUUUUUUUCCACUACUGGUGAACGGGAGGGGGAGGCUGGGGGUUGCAAUCUGCAACUUCAUUACUGGAUUCCACUAAAUCCUACACACUGGUCCUUUAAAUGAAGGGAUGACACAGUAAAUAUCAAAAAGAAGAAAAGGGCUGAAAACAUUAUCAAGGAACCCUGCUCAGUAUGCCAAAAAGUGCUAUUGCAUCUUCAUCACCUUCUUUUUCUAAGAUUGAUUAUUUUAAGAAAAAAUACUGCUGGUCAUGAAACUAAACAUUUCAUUUCCUGUGAUCACAUCCCUGUCUUUAUGUUUUCCAUUCUACAUGCUUGUCUUUAGCUCUCCCAUUAACUGAGAUGAACUGUAAGUGAUCAUUUAUGUGUUUGGCUGUCCAUCCCCAUCCUGUUGUACUCCUCCAGUCUUAAUGGAUUGAAGGCAAUGUAGCAUUGUUAGCAAGAGUGUUUACAUACAAAAUGAGAUUUGGGUUGAAAUAUGCCUUAUUACUGUAUCUGUCAGACCAGAUGGCUGCCCCUCUCCAGCUCAGAUGCAGGGAGCAGAUUCACAAAAUCUUAUCUGCUGUUUUUACUCAUUAUAUUUAAUGAAGCAAGUUCUAAUUCAGCUCUGGGUGCAGGCCUUUAUAAUACAAAUAGCUGUUUUAUAUGUUUGUCAUUUUAUUUUUCCAGGUGUGUUUUUACCCUUUUGCUUUGAUUUUGAUUGCAUGUGUUUUUAUAUACAUGAAAUGUGGUCAAUUGUGAAUAAAUGUCAUGAUUUUACUUAA